CCAGCCCCAGGAGCGCUGCUCCCCCCACAUGCAGCAGGUGACUGUGGAGGGGGAUCCACGAUUUUCACGGGGUGAAUCUUGGUGUUUCUGUGCUUUCUUGGGCUAAAUGUUGGUGCUUUGGUUUUAUGUGGCAGCUGAAUCUUUAUCUUUUGAAGGAGGUUUUUGCUGAGUGGUGAUGUUUGGGGAGUUUUUGAUAUGUGUCUUGAAGUUUGGGAUUUUUGGGCUGAAUCUUGGUGUUUUGGAGGUUCGUACAGACACAAGAUUCCCAAUGAUUUCCUGAGAUGAACUUGGGCAAGGUGGAACCUCCAGUCCAAGGAACUCUUCUCCUGUUUUUCCCUCAAACCAGGAUUUUUCAUUGCCAGGGUGUGGCUGGAUGGAGGAGGAGCGAAAGCCCCGGAGAUGCUGCAGGAGGAGGAGCUGCAAACCCAGCCCAGGGAGCUGCGGGGAGGAAAGAGCCCCCCUGAGCCAGGAAGGCGGGCAGAGAUCCAUCCGGAGCUCGGAGCUGGUGGAGAAGCCUUGUGGCAGGGAGAAGCCCCACAAGUGCUUGGAAUGUGGGGAGGGUUUCAGCCAGAGCUCCACCCUGAUCCAGCACCAGAGGAUCCACACUGGGGAACAGCCUUACAAGUGUCCCCAGUGUGGGAAGAGGUUUCGGACCAGCUCCCAUCUCCUCAGACACGAACGGAUUCACACAGAGGAGAGGCCCUUCCUCUGCCCCGACUGCGGGAAGGGCUUCAAACGCAUCUCCAAUCUCACUGUGCACCGGUGCAUCCACACUGGGGAGAGGCCCUAUGAGUGUGGGAAGUGUGGGAAGAGCUUCAAAUACAUGUCUGGCCUGAUCCAGCAGCAGGUGAUCCACACCGGGGAACGGCCCUAUGAGUGCUUGGAAUGUGGAAAGAGCUUUGGGAGGAGCUCACACCUGAGAAAACACCAGCGCAUCCACACUGGGGAGAGGCCCUACGAGUGUCCCCAGUGUGGGAAGAGGUUUCAGACCAGCUCCAAUCUCCUCGUACACGAGCGGAUUCACACAGAGGAGAGGCCCUUCCGCUGCCCCGACUGCGGGAAGGGCUUCAAGCACAACUCCAAUCUCACUGUGCGCCGGCGCAUCCACACAGGGGAGAGGCCCUAUGAGUGUGGGAAGUGUGGGAAGAGCUUCACAGGCAGGUCUGGCCUGAUCCA